AUGACAUCCAACCCAAACCCAAACCCAAACCCAACCCCCUCACCAGUAACCGACCGCUGCUACGGGAUCAUCACCCUUCGCUACGCACCUCCACCAUCUACCCUUCCCAUCAAUGAAUCAACUUCCAACGAUGCAAAUCCAGCUCAGAAACCAAGCGAGAAAACAGAAAAAGAAAACUUGGAAGUCCUCCUCAUCCACCAAAAAACCGGGUCGAAAAAACCACCCUUCUGGGCUUUUCCCAAGGGACAUCCUGAGGAGGGUGAUAUGACGUUCUUGGGUACGGCGAGGAGGGAGGUGUUGGAGGAGACGGGGUUGGAGGUGAGAGUUGGGGAUGGUGAGUUGAUAUUUUUCUUUACUUUUUUUGUUGAUUUUGAUUUUGAUUUUUUGAGGGGGUGUUUUUUUAUCGUCCUUUUCUGAAUUCGCUCCUCGGCGGACAUGUUCUUUAUAUUCAGAAUUUAGUGAUUCUGUAGGAGUUUAGACGUACUUUCCCGACUUCCAAGUUUAGAAAUUUCCACAGAUCCAACCCCAUAUACCUCAGAACCUCACUAACAAACCCACCCAUCUAGUCCUAACCUUCCCCUCUCUCCCCCUCUCCACCCCCAACAACCCCCCUCCAACUCAAGAACCCCCCAUCCCCCUCCCCUCCACCCUCAAAGACCAAGACCCCAUCACCCUCCCUUCAACCUUCACAGAAGUCCACACCUCACCAGGUCGGAAACGAGGGAAGGUGGUUACUUAUUAUGUUGCUUUGCUACCUUCUCCCCUUACCACUACUACCGCCUCUAACCCCCUUGACCCAACCGCUCAAUCUAUCCAAAUCCAAAACCAGAAUGAGAGCCAAAACCAGGAACAGAACGACAACAAAGAAAAAGAUAAAGAACAGGCUCACCAACAUAAGAUAACCCUCCAAGAAAAAGAAAUAGCAGCCGCACAAUGGCUCCCUACCCACGAAGCGAUGACGACGCUCUUCUACCCCGAGGGGAAAGAGGUGUUGAGGUGUGUUUUGGAGGCGCUUGAGAGGGAGGGGGGUGUGAGGGGGUGUGGGAGGAUGGGUGGUGGUGUUUGA